AGGGUCCAGUUUCCUCGGAAGUUCACAGCGAAAGUGUGCUCGCUCAUUGUAAAAUGCCAGACUCUCGAGCUUAAAUCAAUCCGUCUCUUUUGUCUGCUCUUUUGACAUAUUUCAUUUCAAGCAUCACUUUUGAAACAGCCUGUCACUCUUCCUGUAGUGUUGGCCACGCAUAAGUCUCAUCGCACGAUCACUUCAUCGAUAUACUCCUUCAUUCUUAACACCAAGCCAUGAGUCACUUCGGGAAGAAAGUAUUUAACGUUGACUCUGAUAUUCCCGACCUUUCUGGGAAGGUAAUUCUGGUCACCGGAGGCAAUUCCGGCAUAGGCAGGCCAACAUGUCUUUGCCUAGCCAAACAUAAUCCUGCCAAGAUCAUUAUCGCGGCUAGAAAUCCGAAGACGGGUGAGACAAUACUCGAGGAGAUCCAAGAAGCGGCUCCAAAAGUGGAAGUGACCUUCCUCGAGUGCAAUCUUGGAUCCCUUGCAUCCGUCCGAGACGCAGCAAAAAAAAUUCUCUCCUCCACUCAACGUCUCGAUAUCCUGUUUUGCAACGCUGGAAUUCUUGACCCUCCUCUCGGCUUGUCUGAAGAUGGAUACGAAAUCCAUUUCGGAGUCAACUAUCUCGGUCAUGCCUUCUUAAUAAAGUUGCUGCUUCCACUCCUACUCAGGACGACCGAAGUGCAGCCCGAUGUUCGAGUUAUUCUUCUUGGUUCCACAGGAUAUCGAUUUCAUGAUCCACGGGGUAUCGUAUUUAAGGACCUCCGAACGACUCAGCAGAACCUCACACGGUUCGGCAUGUUUGGUGGUAUGCUUCGUUACUUUCAAUCCAAAUUAGCCAUCAUCUUGUAUACAGUUGAACUUGCACGCCGAUACCCUAUGAUUAAGGUUGUUGCCGUUCAUCCAGGUAUUAUCGAUACGCCAUUGACUCCGCAUUGGAUGAAAGCGAAUGCUCUGACAAGAUUCAUAACCGCAGGUGGUGAAGGUGGCAUUAAAAGCCCCGAAGAAGGCUCCUGGAAUCAACUCUGGGCGGCGACGGGAUCAGGGGUAAUCAGUGGCGAAUACUAUGAGCCGGUUGGAAUUCUGGGGACGAGGACGAAGAAGUCUAAGGACCCAGAGUUACGGAACGAAUUAUGGGAAUGGACUGAGGAACAACUGAAAAUUUGGGCUGUUUGAACUGGUGGUCUGACAAACAGCUCUCUGUUCUAGACUACAAUACUCGAUUUUUGCAAUUAGUUCGCAACAGACGGAAUUGUCAGUGUUCGUUGCU